GGGACGAGAAAGAAGAAGCUUUUUCUCUUCGUUUCUUCGAGAUUUCUCGCGAUCUCUUUUUGUUUCUAGGGUUUCGUUUCGAUCUCGUCUUGAAGCCUUUCCCGGCGAUCGCUAUUCUCUUCUGGUGUUUGUUUUCUCUAUCCUUCGUGAUCUCUGCCUUCUUCUCCGUGGGCGGCCAUCUUGGAUUUCUUGUGUUGUCUUGGGUGGAGCUUUUCCUUGAUUUGAUCCGGCUGUUGUUGUUAUCGGGCAGUGACCACGCGAAGUUUUGGAUGUCUACAGCCAAAGUUAGAGCUUUUAGUGGUAUUGAUGGCAUGAAUACGGAGCAGAAGAUAGGAAGAACAGAGAAGGAAAGCCACGACUCCUUUGACAGUCUGAACAUCCUUAGAAAUCCUAUCAAAGACCCUUUCUAUCCAUUGUCGAGGGCUGGUGAUAGCCCUGUCCAGUUGAUACAGUUGCUCCAUGCCCUAGAUCAGCAGGGAAGCAGCAGAAUGUCCAAGGAUUCUAAGAUUGAUAGUUUGGGGCAGGGAAAAGAGCAAUCACUUGAUCUUUGUACUGGUGGUGAUUCAUCUACAAUAGGCGGAGUUAAGGAAUCUGGCCAUUCGUUAAAGAGUAAUGUGAUGGCUGCAAAGGGAACGAAGAGCACAUCUGAACCAAUUCAAAGUCUUAAAUUUCCUGAUGCUGUUGUUGCCUUUGCUCAGGCUGCUGCAAAGGCCAAUGGUGAGCCUGAAAAAUAUCUUCCUGGUUGGCCUUUGCUGUCACCAUCCAAAGUGCAAAUGCAAAAGUGUGACAAGUGUUCCCAAGAAUUUUGUUCCACCAUUAACUAUAGGCGGCACAUCCGUGUGCAUCGUAGAUCGUUGAACAUUGAUAAGGACUCAUCAAAGAACAGGGAACUUUUGGGCGAAUUUUGGAGUAAGCUCUCUCCAGAUGAAGCAAAAGAGAUAUUUUCACUGAAGGAUGUAGCUAUAGAGGAAGUUACUGGUCCUUCAAUUCUGAGGUCAUUGGGUUCGCUGAUUCGAAUGCCAGCCUUUUCUUCCCUACCUCAUGUGUAUGUCAAGGCUGGCGCUACUCUUCUUGAUAUCAUCCAAGCAAGGCCUUCAAGGUUUCCUAUCUCAUCCCAAGACCUAUUUUCCGUCCUUGACGAUGCUAGUGAGAAGACCUUCAUGUGUGCUGGUACAGCCACGACUAUGCAGAAAUUUGUGUUUGAUGGAGAAGCUGGGAAGGUUGCUUUGGAGAUGAAAAAUCUAGUUGCCUGUACUAGUUUCCUGCUUGAACAAAAACUGGUUAGAGCGUGGCUGGCUGAUAAGGAUGCGGAAGCUUUAAGAUGCCAGAAGUUGCUCGUGGAAGAAGAAGAAGCUGCUCGGAAAAGACAAGCUGAGAUCCUGGAGAGGAAACGGUUAAAGAAGUUGAGGCAGAAAGUGCAGAAGGCAAAGGAAACAGUUGAUGCAGACAAGUUGAAUUAUGAAGCCUCUUCAGCAGAUGCUGUUGACAGUGCAUCUGGCUCUGCAGAAACCCCAAGCCCAAGUGGGUCAUCCGAGCCAGAUACGGACAGUUUAGAAGCAACAGCCCAACCUCUUCCAGAGUCUGUUCUUGGCUUGUCAACCUCUGACAUGGAGCUCUACAAAUCUUUAAAACAGCCUGGUGAUGUUGCGGAUCAAGCUGUGAACAAGAAGCAAUUGGGAAGCGGCAGGUGGCAGCCAAUUCCUUUGUGCCAUCAAGCAACAAAACUUACAAAAAAUAUCCCAAAGACUUCAGUUCCCAUGAAACAUGGCACCAAUUACCGUGAUCUGAAAACUGGUCUACCUGCCAAUGGCCAUAAGAUUUGGGCACGAAAAGCUAAGCAUGAGACUGAAGAAGAAGGUUCAUGUGAUAAGGAGGGAGAAAAAAAGAAACAUCAAUGCCAUCAAUACCAGUCAGCUGUGUCUGAUAAUCAUGAAGUCUUGAUAGGGUCAAUCAGUGUCACUCUUAAAAAUGGUAAUUGUCAUUGCCAGGGUGACACUGCCUUGAAGCAGAGUGACGGCGGUGAGAAGGUGGGGAGCUCUAAUCUUAACAUUGUGAAUUCUUCCACGGUGAAGUUAUUUAGGCCUGUAAGUCAUGAUGGAAAUGAGGAUUCUAAUGGGUUGGAAAGUGAAAAGAGGGAAACUGAAAUGGAUCAUGCCGCUGCCGGAAUGGAAAGCACAGUUUCAUCCAAUGAAAUCUGUCAGGCAACUGAUGAGAUUACAGUUCAAGAUUUACCCGGGCCAAGGCCAUUCUCAAGUGACGUAGUGAAGGCGUUUCUUGCUCAGAGAUGGAAGGAGGCCAUUGCAUCAGAUCAUGUGAUGCUAGUCUUGGACUCGGAAAACGAAACUUCUGGUUGCUUUGAUUUCACUGUAGGUCAUUGUACCCCGGCCAUUUUUGAACGGAGUGUGCUUGGUAGCGCAGAGAACCGGAUGGCUGCAGGUUCAGUUACACCACCAUCAUCUGUUGCUUCCAAGACCAAGUUCAGAGCCAAACAGGAAAAGAAUUACAAGGUAAAAUAUGUCCCUAAACAGAAAAAUGUCGUCCCGGAGGGAUAAAUGUGCCGUCAUACCCUUAUGUGCAGUUUCACCAACUUGAAUUUUUGGCGGAGAUUCCAGUUUUAUCGGAUGUCUUCUGUGUUAUAGAAAGUAAUUUUCUAUUUCAGAAGAGGCAAUGUUCUCUCAGAUGGUUGUUUGUGCUUCCUACCACUAUCAGCCUCAUCUUUUAGCUGAAGUUUUAUUUGUAAUAAUAUUGAUUAUUGAGUUAUUUUAAUACGUCAUUUUUAA